GGGGGAGGGAGACAGGGCGAGAAGGGGAACUAUACGUCACUUUAAUUCUUUAGGGCUUCCAUGGGUGUGGUGGGUGGCGGGCUGUGCGUGGCGACUGUGCUGGUGCUGGGACUGGCGUGCGUGCUGGUGGGUAGGGUGGCUGGCGAGGGGGAGACGGUUCACAUCAUUUGUCACUCGCAUGACGAUGUGGGCUAUGUCAAGACGUAUGAGCAGUACUACGAGGAUCAAGUCCGGUUCAUCAUCUCGUCGGUCUCGGAUGAGCUGGCAAAGGAUCCGGAGCUGCGGUUCAUCCAGGUGGAGACGGCGUACUUUCAGAUGUGGUGGGAGGACGAGAGAACGACGCAGGCGCAGAGGGAGACGAUCAAGGCGUUGGCGGCGUCGGGCCAGCUCGAGUUUGUGUCAGGCGGCAUUGUGAUGAACGACGAGGCUGUGGCCCACUAUGAGCCAGUCAUCCAGCAGAUGACCGAAGGCCACUUGUUCCUUCUCAACACCGUCGGCGUGGUGCCUGCCUUUGGCUGGCAAAUCGAUCCGUUUGGCGCGUCGUCGGUCACGCCGUUGCUUUGGGCGGCGUCAGGCUUCAACGGCCAUGUCAUCCGCCGCAUCAACUGGGAAGAGUCGUUUGCGCUCAAAGCGGCGGGCUCGGAGGAGUUUCUCUGGCGCGGCGACGCUUGCGCGCCUGCAUCGCCGGCCUCCAACGUCUCGGACAUCUACACCCACAUCCUCGGGCUGACGUACUCUGCGCCGCACGGUUUCAACUUUGAGCAUCCAGACGCCAAACCGGCGACGCCGGAGAACCUACCGCUGCUUGCCGACGAGUUUUUUGCCAACGUGCUGGUGCGGCUGCCGUGGUAUGUCGACUCGGGUCAUGUGAUGGUCCCUGCUGGUGGCGACUUUGCGUACACCAACGCGUCGCUGAUGUUUCGCAACCAGUCGGCAGUGGUGGCGUACCUCAACGAGCACUCGGCGGCCAAGUAUCGCAACAUGACGUUUCGGUUCUCUACGGUGGGCGAGUACUUUGCCGCUGUCCAUGCCUCGCUUGCUGCGAGCGGGACGCGAGUCAACCAGUUUGUCGACAAGGACUUUCUCCCGUACAUCGAGCUUCCAGAGACUGACUGGACAGGGUUUUUCACCUCGCGGCCAUCGCUCAAGGCGUUCUCGCGGGCGCAGGACGCCAAUUUGCGCGUGGCCGAGAUGCUGUAUCUGCACGCGUUUCGGGCGGCAGGGAGUGCGGCGCAGUUUGCGCGGCUGGCGAGUGGCCGGUGGGCGCAGUCAAUUCUCCAGCACCACGACGCCAUUACCGGGACGUCCAAGCUCCAAGUAGUUGCCGAUUACAAGAAACAUCUCGCAGAGGCAACGGCCGCGGGCAACGCGCUAGCGUUUGACGCGCUGGCGCACCUCGGCCUCGCUGCCAACGUCUCGACAUCGGCGCGCAAGGGUCUUGCGCGCCCGCGCGCAGGCAGUCCGGUAACGUCGGCCGUUGUCGUUUGCAAUUCGCUCGGUUGGGCACGCUCGGACAUGGUUGCCGUCGACUUUGACGGUGUCUACGUUGACGGGAUGAGCGUCGAGGUGAGCCACGCUCGGAGCGGCGCGCAGGUUGCAGUCCAGCUCGACGGCGAGUGCGAGGCAACGGGCACGCGGCCGACGCUUUGGUUCCAGGCUGUGGAUGUGCCGGCAGCAGCGUGCGUCACGUUCAAGAUCGAACUCGCCGUAGGUAGUGGCGUCGAGCCAGAACCUGUUGCUGGCUGUGCGCGCGUGCCCGCGUCUGAUGGGGCGUUCACCAUCGACAAUGGGGUGGUCGGCCUCAAGUUUGACGCCAGUGCCGGCGUGACCGGAGUGAGGUCGGCCGACUACCGUGGCGGGGCGUGGUCGCUGCUCGACGUGGAGCUGAUCAACUACGCGUCGUCGCUCGGCUCGGCGUACGUGUUCCGAACCGACAUUGGUGUGGUGUUGGGCGGCCCGGCGGCGCUUGUGCGGAGCAGCGGCGAGCUUGUCGAGACGGUGACCGCAGUGUACACGGUCCACGGCAAGACGACAGUGAGCUGGCGCGUGUUUCAUCCACCGGCGCCGAGCGCGGAUCAGAAGCGGCGGAUCGAUGUGGCAGUGGCGCUCGGCCCGGUUGACGCGACCGGGGAUGGCACCAAUGUGGCGUUGAGGUUUGUGACGGAUCUUGAGGCCAAUGGCGGGUUCUACACCGACGACUCGGGCCUGCAGUACCGACUGCGGUUUACCGAGCCCGGCUCUGCACCGUCGUACUCGUACUACCCAGCGGUGUCGGGUGUGCACGUGGCGGCGUGGGGCGGCGGCGCUGCGCUCGGCGUGGCUGUGCCGUACACGCACGGCGCUGGAUCGCCGAGCAACGGCGCGUUCGAGGUUAUGGUUCAUCGGCGGAUGCUGCAGAACGGGUGGCCCAACGCCGGGCUCGGGCAGGCGCUCAACGACACAACCCGAGUCCAUCCGGUUUUCACCCUCGUGGCCGGCAACACGAGUCGCGCCGGUGUGGCGAUGCGAACCAAGCUGACGUACCUCAACAACAACCCACUCGCACUGUUCUUUGGUCAACUUCCACCACCCGAGCUUGCCGCCAGUGCCACGCCAUCAAUCCUGACCACAAGCUUGCCGGAGUUUGCGCAUCUUCUUACCGCCAAGGUCCGCGACGGCGGACCGGGCGCGCCGAUCAUGCUGCGGCUGGCGCGACUUGACCAGUGCGAGACCGAGGGUUCGGAAGAGCGGCUGUGCAUCCCAACCGCUGCCACAUUUGGCAGCGCCGCCUCGCUCGAUGAGCGUUCGCUCACGAUGGUCCUGCCGCGCGCCAAAGUUUCACGAUGGAGCUGGCCGGCGCCCAACCCUACAGCCGAGAUCGACGCUGGCGGCCUUGCCGGCGACAGCGCGGUCGACACCGAGUGCGUCGCGCUCUCUCCGCUGGAGAUCCGUGCCUUUUUCCUCCAUCCAGGCGUAUGAGCGCACCCACGCCACGACAGCUGUUCACUGAGUUGAACCCGACGAGGAUAGUGAAAGUAGCCAUGAUAAUGA